UCAGCUAGACCAACACCUAACCAACUGGGUGCCAACUCUAGUGAUACUCCCCUCACGGAAAGUUACCCUCUCUAUACCUACUUUCACCUAUCGUUGUUUCUAUCAGCUCGCAUACAGUCUCGAGCGGCUUCUCGAGCAGAGCUCAAGUCGGGUGCGCUGUUUCCGAGUUACUAGCGCGGGGAAAGUAAGUUAGCCGAUUCAAAAUAUAGUAUUUAUUGGAUAAAUAAUCGAGUAGGUAGCAGCUACUAUGCGAGCAGUUUUAUGUAGUAUUAUGUGCUCGAUACGAGAAACAGCAUAACGUCGACGCGUAAAAGUGAUCGGAGCCAAAAUGUUGAGGCUCUCGGUAAUAAGGUUGUCUACAGGGUUAUCGAAUGGUAGGCCCUUUGUUAUGGGAUUUCAUACAUCUUCCAAGUUGCAACAAGAAUUAGUAGAGGUAUUCAUAGAUGACAAACCUGUUCAUGUACCUCCUGGAACAACUGUCUUGCAGGCAGCUGCAAAAGUAGGAGUAGAAAUUCCCAGAUUCUGUUACCAUGAACGUUUAGCUGUAGCAGGAAACUGUAGGAUGUGUCUUGUAGAAAUUGAAAAACAGGUCAAGCCUGUUGCUGCUUGUGCCAUGCCUGUAAUGAAAGGUUGGAGGAUAAAAACAAAUUCCGAUUUAACUCGUAAAGCUCGAGAAGGCGUGAUGGAGUUUUUAUUGGUAAAUCAUCCAUUGGAUUGCCCCAUCUGUGAUCAAGGAGGCGAAUGUGAUUUACAAGAUCAAAGUAUGGCUUUUGGUAGCGACCGAAGUCGAUUUGUCGAUAUUAAUUAUAGCGGCAAAAGAGCGGUGGAGGAUAAGGAUAUUGGUCCAUUAAUUAAAACAAUUAUGACACGAUGUAUCCAUUGUACGAGGUGUAUACGUUUUGCGUCCGAAGUAGCCGGUAUAGAUGACUUAGGAACUACAGGUCGUGGAAACGAUAUGCAAGUCGGAACUUAUGUAGAAAAGAUGUUUCUGUCCGAGUUGUCCGGUAAUAUCAUUGACUUAUGUCCUGUCGGUGCUUUAACCAGCAAGCCGUACGCUUUUGUUGCUCGUCCAUGGGAGAUACGUUCUACGGACAGCAUAGAUGUUCUUGAUGCUGUGGGUAGCAAUAUAGUAAUAUCGCAUCGAACGAAUGAAGUUUUGAGAAUUUUACCAAGGGUGAACGAAGAAAUAAAUGAAGAGUGGCUCUCGGAUAAGGCACGUUUCUCUUAUGAUGGGCUUAAACGACAGAGGCUCAUUACUCCUAUGAUGAAAGUCAAUGGAAAAUUAGAAGCUGUAGACUGGGAAGAUGCUCUUGUAGCAAUUGCUCAAACUACAGCAGGUAUACCACAAAAUAAAUGUGCGGCAAUUGCUGGAAAAUUGGCAGAUGCCGAGUCUCUUGUAGCAUUGAAGGAUUUAAUAAAUAGGCUUGGCAGUGAAACUCUUGCUACGGAACAAACAUUUCCAAAACAUGGCGCGGGGAUUGAUAUUAGAAGUAGUUAUUUAUUAAACAAUACAAUCGCCGCAAUCGAGGAAGCCGAUGUAGUGUUAUUGAUUGGAACAAAUCCGAGAUACGAAGCACCAUUGGUGAACACACGUUUAAGGAAAGGAUACCUUCAUGGUGAACAAACUAUUGCAUUAAUAGGUCAGAAUGUAGAUUUAACAUAUGACUAUGAGCAUUUAGGUCAAUCUCCUGAAAUUAUAACACAAUUGAGAAAUGGUACUCAUCCAUUCUCUAACACUUUAAAAUCUGCUAAAAGACCUCUGGUCCUUUUAGGCGUCGAGCAGUUAAGUAGAAAAGAUGGAACGAAAAUUAUAUCUGAAACACAGCUGUUGGCACAAACUUUAGAAGAAAACUCGAAAGCUUCUGAAGGUUGGAAAGUGUUAAAUAUCCUCCAUACAAAUGCAUCGCAAGUAGCUGCUUUAGAUGUGGGUUAUUCAUCGACCAUAGAAGACGUCAAGCAAGUACAACCGAAAAUUCUUUUCCUAUUAGGAGCAGAUGAUGGAAAUAUAAAGAAAGAAGACUUCCCAAAUACCUUCAUCGUAUAUAUAGGUAGUCAUGGUGACGAAGGAGCCUCAAUAGCAGACGUUAUACUUCCUGGGGCUGCGUAUACAGAAAAAGUUGCGACCUACGUAAAUACAGAAGGUCGUGCUCAACAAACUUGUGCUGCAGUUACACCUCCAGGAAUGGCACGUCCAGAUUGGAAGAUUAUACGAGCACUUUCUGAGAUUUGUGGUAUCUGUUUACCGUACGACAACUUGACAGAGCUAAGCGGUAGACUCGAAGAAAUUGCACCCCAUUUGGUUAGAUAUGGUACCGUGGAACCGGCUAACUAUAUUUCCCAAGCGUUAGAAUUAUCGAAGGAAUCUAGGGAACCCUUGUCUUCGGAACCACUGGAAAUGAAACAAAAAACGCUAGACCAGUUUUUCAUGACAGAUGCAGUGUCUCGUGCUUCACCUACAAUGGCCAAGUGUGUGCAAGCAGUUAUCAAACAACGAGACAGCGCUCUGUAGAUGGUUAAGUGUACUAUGUAAAUAGAAAUCUGCAUUAUAGCAAGUGUCUAACUUUAGUUGCAGACAUUUCAACCAUGAUGCUUUUAUUAAAGGCAUGUGAAAAACGAAAAUCUCUUUUGUAAUUAUUACGUUAAAGUGUACGUUAAAUUAUACGAUAUGUGAAAUAUUCAAUG